UCCCCUCCCCGCCCUGGUGCCCCCACGCUGUCCCCGUCUCUGUGAGCUCGGGGCCUCUGGGACCCAUGUCUGUCCGGCCGCGCUGUAGCCGGUGUCGGGACUUCCCUCCCACGCAUGUGCGUCUCUGCGUGUUCACCCACCGUCCGUAGGGGCCCCCCGGGGUCGCUCCCGCCUCCUGGCUGUUGUGACUAGAGUCCCGGUGGACGGACGGUGGUGACCUGCGACCUCUCGCAGACUGGAAUUUCUCCGCGGGGCAGCGGGUGCCCCCGUGCCCUGUAGGGCCCUUUGAUCUGUCGAGCAUGUCCUGCUCGUUUGGAAACUGGGCCUGAGCAUUUUCAAGGGCCUAUGAAAAGGUUUGAGACCAGGAAAAAAAUUUCUUCUGGUUCAAAGUACAGAAAGAAUACUGCACGUUUAAAAUUUAAAAAUGUUCAGGUUGCGAUUCACUUAGCUUUUAUGUAGUGACACGGAGAGUUGUCUUUACUCGGUUUGACGUGACGUGGGAAGGGCUUGCGGGCUCGGGCGGUGGCUGUGGGUUCAUCCCAGGAGACGUUUCCAUGACCAGGUGGCGUCAGGCCCGGGAUUAGGGCCAAGGGGCCCCCGAGCCCACGAGGGACGUGAGAACGUGCCCCUGUGCCUGGUGCCGCCCCUCGAGCCCUGAUCUUGUGGUGCCCACGCGGCAGGCGCACGGCAGGGAGGGUGGGCAGGUGCCCAGCGUGGGCAGAUCCGGCCGGGGCUGAGGAACUGGGUUGGCUGUUGGUCCGGAGCAGCCACGGCCCGGGGGUCGCCCCGCCCUGCGCUGGCUGGCUCAGAGCACGUGGGGUUGGGGGCUCACAGGUGCGUUGAGUGGGGGCCGCCAUGGAGGUUGGGGGUGACCAGCCGGAGCGGGCGUCUCGCGGGGCCUUUGCUGUCUCUGGCGGGUUCCGAGUCGGAAAUGGCGCAAACUCAUGGGAGCUGCAGUCUCGGAGCCAAGUCCUGAGCCCUGGGGCCGGUCCCUGCCGGGAGCUGCAGGCCGUGGCCAGAGCUCGGUUUUUAUACCUGGCUGGGUGGCGUCUGCACCUUCCUUCUCUCAGGACCAAGGGCAGUCAAGAACUCCAGGACAGAGACAGCCGCGGGCCCUGCCUACAGCCUCCCCUGUUUGCUUCGACCUGCGCGAACCCAUUUCCCACGAGGAAGGAGCAGCAAGGAGCGGGAAGGGAGCCGGCGCCGCCGGGUGCUCAGAGGCCAAGAGUGCGAUGGCCGGCUGGGGGCGGACGCUGCUGUUGCUGCUGCUGCCGCUGCCGCUGCCACUGCCGGGGUCCUUGGAAUGGAAGCCGACCGGCCUGGGCCACAAGCCUAACAGGGACAAGUGCCAGGGCCACGACGAGUGCCGGAGCGGCUGCUGCACCAGGAUCAGCGUCGACCCGCAGCUGUUCUGCACGGCCAAGACCAUAUUCCUGCAGUGCGUGCGCUGGCGCAAGCCCAACGGCGACUACUGCUGGGGCCACGAUGACUGCCGCAGCCGCUGCUGCCUCCGGCUGAACGAGGUCAGCCCCUACCGCUGCAUCCCGCGCACGGGGAUCCUGGCCCAGUGCCUGCCCCUGUGACGUGAACAGGAAUCUGUGUCCUGAAGAACCAAACCUGGGCCCGAGGGACGCCUACCUGGACCUCCUUGUGCCGGGAGCUGGAUUCGGGCGGAACAUUCCCCUGUGGUCCGCGCGGCUCUUUCGGGGGCGCCGAGGAAAUCCGGGCGCGGAAGGCGCUGAGCGCCCGAGACCGCGCGGAGCCUCCGCAAGGGCAGCGCAGGCUCGGAACACACCGGAUCAUCCGGCGCAAAUAAACCUGCCUGAGCGCGGCGUGGGUCUCGUCACUGCCAUGUCUCCAGGCCAUAAAACGUAACCCGCGAAACCUGCAGGCUGCAGGUGGGCGGGGGCUGCAGGGGCUGACGGCACACACGGAGGGCUGGCGCUGGGGUCGCGGUCACACACCGAGGGCUGGCGCGGGGCUGUCAGGGCUGUCGGGGGGGCUGCCCAGGCUGGACGCUACAUGUUCCCCCCUCCAGCCAGAGUGUCCACAGCAAAGGUGUGAAAGUGCAUUUUGUCACCGUAGCUCAAAUAAUAAAUUUGUUGUUCCGACUGAA